GAUCUUUGUUUGCAAGUGCCUGCGUCGCUCGCGGAAGAGGCGCGGCUCCGGCUCCGGCGAGAGGGCGGGUCGUAAGUCGGAUGCUCUGUUUGUCGGCCGGGCCGGGCCGGGCUGUGGUGAAGAGGUUGAGGGGGUGACUGACUGACUUCAGAGCGGAUGCUGGUGGAGGGAGCGAUGGACGAAGACAUAUUAACCACCCUCAAGAUCUUGAUCAUUGACGAGGGCGGCGUCGGCAAGUCCAGCUUACUGCUACGGUUUACAGAUGAUACCUUUGACCCAGAGCUUGCUGCGACAAUUGGUAAGUUUGUUCUGCAUAUGCUUCAGUCGGCAUUGGCGAUUAACAUAUUGGCUGGCACUUGUGUGAAGCAUGCCAUAUGGGAUACUGCUGGACAGGAGCGAUUCAGGACCUUGACACUCAGUUAUUAUCGUGGAGCGCAAGGUGUUAUCCUGGUGUAUGAUGUGACCCAAAGAGAGACCUUUAUAAGACUAGAAAAUUGGUUGAGUGAACUAGAGACCUAUUGCACAAGGAAUGAUAUUGUGAAGAUGUUAGUUGGAAACAAAAUUAAUAAAUUGUGA